UGGACAGCCACCUAGCCCACUUCCACACUUCCACUCUUCCACUUUCCCUGCUGGUCUUCAUACACCUGGACAACUCUAGCUGCCUGGUCGAACCACCGACUACUCUCUCGACGAUCUUCGCCACAGAAGCUUCCUCGGUUCGGAGAGGGCCUGCUUUAUGCCAGCGGUCUCAAGGCUCCACCAGUCUCCAGUACAUCAACGCUUACACCCACAAUCGGAUCUUGAAAGCUCGUGUGUCGUCCUGCCUACUGCGACGCCAGAGCUGUGGAACAUCCCACCGGCUCCCAUUCAGGCCUUAGGCGGGCACUUUCUUUAUCUCUUUUCCUCUUCUGGCCAGUCCUUUAACCACAACAUCCUACCCCCGCCUCACUCUCUUCUUCAUACACUCACCAGGCUCACUGUUUGUGGUGUGCUCACAACAACUUCAUCUACCGUGGUCACAUCAGUUCUCUCCCACGAUAGAGUUCCUCUUUAACUUCGGCAAUCUCCUCUUCAAUCAGUCGUUCCGAACAUCUGGUCCCCACGGCGGAUGACCACUGUUCAAGCAGAUUGACUUUUGUCCCUCGAACAGUGCAUGAUCACUGCGGGCUCUGUGUAACAAAUCUGGUUGACAAUCGGACGCGUGAAUUAUUCAAUGGCCCUUUCGUUAAUCAUGACUUAUGACACCUUCAGUCGUGAUCACCACAGUUUCUCAUCCUCCAACAAUCCUCUCCUUUCGCCCGACACAUUAGCGAGACCAAAUACAGGUCUCUCUAGGCCGUCUCGGAACGCCCAGAUUCGGCGGCUUUAUUCAACAAUUCGCGAAGGGUAUCUGGAAGUUCUCAGGGCAUCACAGCAACGUCCGAUUUGAGCGCGGUAACAGAAAGUCCUCGAAAUCUGCCUCCACCAACCCCAGAGCUUCCACCGGCGUCAAGUUUCGAUUUUCCCCGAUUGUCACCAACACAAAGAUCUCCCAGUGGAGGAAUUGGCCUACCUCCCCAUUAUCCAACGGCGAUGACAAGUACUAAUCCUGAAUUUUAUGUGCAUCGGGGAAGCACACACGCCCAACCCCCGGAAACCACAGCGGGGCCUCCACCAAUCCUUUCAACCAGUGCACCUGCCUGGACGUCGAGAGACCAAACAACAAUGGAACCUCCACCGAGGCGGCCGCGCUCUGAUGCUUCUGAGGGCAACGCUCCGUACCGAGGGGUCGCGAAUCAGCGACCAUUGCCCACUCACUUUGCACCUGCUCUCCCACCUAUGGACAUGCAAGUCGCGCCAACAUGGCAACAUCACCACUAUUAUCCACCAGCUAAUCCACCCUCAUAUCCACAAUCCCAGGAAAGAUACGCUUGUCCAACGUGCAACAAACUCUUUUCGCGACCAAGUUCGCUAAAGAUCCACACUCAUUCACACACAGGAGAGAAACCCUUUAAAUGCAACCACCAAGGCUGUGGCAAAUAUUUCAGCGUGCGGAGCAACAUGAAAAGACAUGAGAAAGGAUGUCAUGGGGCUUCAUCGUCCUCAGAUGCGGGCACCAGUCCUGAGUGAGCGAGUCAAGCAACGCUUUAUUUUUUUCACUAUCGAACGUUUGGAGAUUGCAAGGAGAACCACAGUUCUCCCCUAUACGUUGGCACUCGAUCAGUUGUUGUUGCGAUGAGACAUCCCUGCAACGAUGACGUCUCUCUUGGAGUGCCAUGCGAAAGGCGGACAGGCCAGCCCAGCUAGGGAUAGACAUGUCGGUUGCGUUCAGCCACGGUUGUCUCCAAGUGAUGGUCAUUUCCACCAUUAUUAUCUGCGAGCUUGUGCCGUACAAGCUCAGGACAUCAACUAUGACUCUGAAAAUUAGACCGGGCAGGAGUUUAAAAAGUCACGACUUUACGCUCAGUUGCUAUGAUAUAGGCAGCAAGCCUCAUUGAAUUGGCGUUGGUUAGCGAGCACCACAUUUUGUCAGAUACGCAGACGAGUUGCAGUUGCCCUUUUAUGUGGCAGGACGGGUCGAAGGGGGUUCUAAACGAAAUCGAGAUCUGUAGGCAGACAUGAACUUUGCACAUGGACAUAUUAUUCUGUAUGAUACAUAGUAAUCCUCGUCGCAGAUACUUUUUGAACAAACAGA